AUGGUCAUUUUCACAGCCUUACCAACGGGUACUAGCAGUGAUGAAGGUCGUAUACUGGUUGACGAAUCAGACUACCAAGGAGUGGAUGAUGAACAACUUCCAUUUGAAAUCAAGGAUAUUGUUCGGAUACGAGCCAAUGAAAAGUUUUCGAAAUAUUACGACUGUAUGGAUGAAAUUGGAGAGGGAAAGUUUGGGAAAGUGUAUCGGUGCCGUGAAAAAGCAACAGGACUUGUGCUCGCAGCAAAACGUAUCAAAAUAAAACGUGAUGCAGAUCGAGAGAAAGUGGAACGGGAGGUAGCUAUUAUGACGACAUUAAGACAUCCCAGAAUAGCGCAAAUCUACGAUGCUUUCGCCACACCUGACAACGAUGUUGUACUAAUUAUGGAGAUAGUAAUUGGCGGUGAAUUAUUUGAUCGGGUUGUUGACGAGAACUAUAUUCUAACAGAGCUGGCCGUUGUAAUGAUUGUUUGUCAGUUAUGUGAAGCAGUUAGCUAUAUUCAUAGCAAAAAUAUUGUUCAUCUCGAUAUAAAGCCGGAAAAUAUCAUGUGUGUUUCACAAACGGGUAACCGUAUAAAACUCAUUGAUUUUGGACUUGCACAAUUUUAUGACGGUUCGUCGAAUUUAUUAUUUAUGGCUGGGACGCCGGAGUUCGUCGCUCCGGAAGUGAUCAAAUUUGAACCUAUCGAUUUCUACACCGACAUGUGGAGCAUUGGCGUCAUCACUUAUAUUUUGUUAUCAGGCAUUUCACCAUUUUUGGGCGAAACUUUGGGUGAUACUUAUGUAGCUGUCGAAAAAGGAGAAUGGGAGUUCGACGACGAAGCAUUCGAAGGCAUUUCCGACGCUGCCAAAGAUUUCAUAUCCAAACUUCUUAUAAUGGACCAGAAGCAAAGGAUGCUUCCGGAGGAUUGCUUAAGUCAUCCAUGGAUUGUUGGUAGUCGAACAAAAGCGGCAAAUGAUUUGAUAUUAAAUCAACCGAACAAUGGUACUCCGCUAUCGAAGGAGGGAUUGAAGUCAUAUCUCAAAAAUAAACGUUUUAGAAAAGCAACUUGGGCACUGGUUUUUUUGAUUCGAUUCAAACGACAAACACUGAUGAGCUUCGGAAGACGAAAAGUACCUGCUGCUAUCUCCGAAAUAUAUGACAGUCUUCCUGCUUCAAUAGGAAAUAUUAUGGGGAGCUGUGCGGAAUCAAAAGCCAGCGCUUCCGUAAUAGCAGAACCAGCGAAGGAUGAUGUGAAAACGAAGAAAGCGUUAAAUGAAAUUUCUGCUGCGGUAAAGGAGACUUUCGACACUUCCAGAGCGGAGCCAGUAAUUGCAACAAAGCAUCCUGAGGAAAAGAAGUUAAGCAGCGAGAUUCCGAAGAAGAAACCAAAACCAAGCGCAAUUGACGAGGGGAGGAAGAAGCCAAAACCAACUGAUGAGGGAAAGACGAAAAAGGGAGCAAAGAAACACAAAGAGAAAAACAAUGAGAAAUCAGACGAAAUAUCUUGUAAGCCGAAAAAGGUUUCCAAGCACUUAAAAACUGCAUCCGACGGAUUAGGAAGGCAAAUGAAAAAGUCCGCUGAGACAGUUUCUGGAUACGGUGAAGUAAGUGAUUCAAAAAAAUUUAUUCCAGUGAUGUGUGAAGUAUGCAUCACACUGGAAACGACCAAGCCUACUGCUUCUUUCGUUGAAUUUUCAAAACCCAUAUUUGCUGCGGAAAGUGCUUACCUACGUCCUCUGAUUUCCGAAUCAGUCCAGACAAAUAAGAAUGAGGCGACAACAGAAGAGGGACCAAAAAAAUAUUGCGUUUCAUCUUCUGAUAAUCGAACAGCGCAAGAAUCCACACGUCACAUCAAUUCAGUAAAUAAGCUUAGUGAAAUCAAUAAAAAAGGCAGUUCUGUAGCCGCUAUUUUGUCACUGUUUAGUGAAAAAGCUGAACAGGAGAGAAGGCAUUUCGAGCGCCGACCUUCUCGUCCAGUAAGAACGUUCCGAGAUGUGGAGAAGUCUUCAUCCAGAAAAUCAUCAUUAGUUGUAACUCAUGAAAAUGAUAGCAGCUGUGUAAAGCUUUAUCGAGCACCGGAAGAAGAAAAGAAACGGAUGAAAAAUUUGAUUGAACUUCAUCGACGUGGUUCUGCAGAUCGAAAGCAAGUUGACACGAACGAGAUUGCAGCUGUAAAGCAAGAGGAAGGCAGUAAGAGCUUUCCGAAUCAAAGAGUAAAUAUUGUCGAACAAGAUAAAGUGGAAAUUGAAGGGAUGAGCCUAACGGGAACAAAAAAAAUGGAAAUAAAUCCGGCAUUAAAUGCUAAGAAAGGAACAGAUUGGUCAAGGAAAAAGAUCACUGUCUCGAGUUUAGUGCCUUUAGAAUUAAGACCCAUCAAAAAAAUUGAUCAGACAACAGCAGAGCGAAAUACUCAUGCCAUACCGGUAGCAAAAACUAGCCAUGUACGAAGUGAAACAAAGAACCAGAAAAAAGACACGAUGGGAUUUACGAGAAAUCAGGAAAUGGUGGAAGGGGUUGAAAAGCCAGCGGGAAGUGUUAUGCUGGUCAAGGCAGUGCAAAUUCACGCUUUGUUGACAUCGCAGAAGACACCGAUUCAGUGUGAUUCGAGCAUCAUAAGUAGAAAAACAAAAAGUUGGAUGAAACUGAACGAAUUACAGAAUGAUUCUUCAUUGAAUUCCUUGAGUGCGACAGUGAAACAGCCAAAUAAUACGAAAAGCAAUAGUGACAAAAAAAAUGAAGCUGUCAAUGAAAAGAGGGCUUUAUUUCCAGAGUUACGUCUUUCAGAAGAAAGAUGUGCUGCAAAGAAAGAAGUUACGGGAAAUGCAAACAAUCAAAACGUACCUAAGCGAAAGAAAAAUAAGGCUGAAAUUGUUGACAGAAAUCCUAAUAUUAAGGAUGCUGCACAGAAUCUGGUUCAAUUGGGAGAUUCUCGAGAAUUUAUUGAACAUCACGAUCUUUCUGGUAAAAAAAAGAUGAAAAAAAGUGUCGAAAAACUAAAGAAAGGUUUAACGGAAUUGAUCGCAACACCUGGCAGCUCUCAUUUACCUUACAAAGCAAAGCAGAUGAAAUCCGUCGAAGAAAACAAAAGUGAAAUUCAAAAACCAAUCUCAGUUUUACAGUCGCUUUCAGUAGACUUGACAACUACGACGAAGCACACUGAGGAGAUUCAUGCUGACGAACUAUUACAGUGCAUCACUUCCAAAAAACCUUCAAAAGCUGCAGGAAUUUCAGAUCAGAAAAAAACCUUAGGAGAAUCGAAAAUAAAGAAGCCACAAGACAAAAACGGAUCAGAGAUAGAGAUUACCAGUUCUGCCCUCAACAACGGAGAAACUAUAGCUUCCGAACAAAAUAAGUUAUCGAAUUCAAUAGAUGGAGCAAUGCACUUGAUUCAGGAUACCGUAUCAUGUAUUCAGGAAUCAGUAAAAGUUUUCCCCAGCUAUAAAACUCUAAUGUAUGACGCAGUAAAACGAAAAGUUUCUCGGAAAAAUAGUUGCUCGAGAAAUUUGCUGGUAAGAAUGAAAUCAGAAAUAAAUUUGGCUGAGGAUAAAGAAAAAAGAUCGAUACGUACAUGCCAAAAAGCUGUUGAUGAUCAUGCCGUUCUCAGCGACCAAAGGGAUAAAUCUCAGUGUAGUAUUUCGAUAGUUGACUUAAAGGACCAGGAGAACUUCAGUUUCGGUUGGCUUAAACUGCAGUUAGAAACACGAGUGAAUAAAGAAAAAAAUGACCAAAUGGGAUGCCGAUAUCGUCGUGAUCUAGAAAUUUCACCAGUUCAAUCUGGAAAUGCUAAAAAAGCCCUAAAUAUCUGGAAAACAAUGGAGCAAAGUAGUAUUACCAAGAUUUAAAUCUUUUUGUUAGUUACAGCUAAUGCUUUUGGUAGUGUUUUGAAGAUCCUCUAGAUUGAUUGAUUUAUGCAGGAUCUUCUUUCCAAUCAUGGAUUGUUGUUGGAUGCCUUCUUACCCUCAUUGUAAAUAUAAAAAAAGACUUCCUAAUACUGUAGGUAUAAACAGUGUACAAAAAUAUUGUUCCCCAUAUUUUACUGUCCUUUCUCGUAUGCCGACUGGACGCGUUCAUACAAUUUAGACAUGCAGUAUUCUUAAAACUUGU